AUGUCGGGAAAAUACAUACGCGCAAGGCUGAUUAUCGAUAAGGGAAUCGCGGUCCUACAUUUCAUCGCUUCAUCGAUUCCCGGGCCGGACUCGCUCAUUUCCACCGCAAAGCCACGCCCUACAGUUCAACAUAGUGGCUCCCCCCCGAAACCCAACAAGAACGGCGAAUUACAUAUACAAACCGCUCACUUACCCGCAAAGACACCCGCAAUUAGUCUUGCCCCUCCUCCUAAAACCAAUGAGCCGGCUGGAACCGCGGGCUCUGAUCGCGCGAAUGCUACAUUCGUCUCUCUGGUCAGGGACUCGGAUCUCUGGGAUAUGAUACAUUCCAUUCGACAGAUUGAAGACCGGUUUAAUCGGAACUACCAUUACGACUGGGUUUUUCUCAACGAUGGUGACUUCAGUGAAGAAUUUAAGAAACUUACCUCUAGUUUCGUCUCAGGCAAAGCUCAUUACGGUAAAAUCCCGACAGAGCACUGGUCGUACCCCGAAUGGAUCGACCAAACUAAGGCUGCUGAGGCACGUAGAAUAAUGGAAGAGAAGAAGAUUAUCUACGGCGGUUCGUCGAGCUACAGACACAUGUGUCGCUACGAAUCCGGCUUCUUUUUCAGACAUGAACUUAUGCUGAAUUACGAUUACUAUUGGCGUGUAGAACCCAGUGUCAAAUACUUCUGUGAUGUUGGGUUCGAUGCUUUCAAGUUUAUGAGGGAUAACAAGAAAAAAUACAGCUUUGUACUCAGUUUGCAUGAAUAUAAAGAAACUGUCCUAACGCUAUGGGAUAGUGUCAAAAAGUUCAUGGAGAAACACCCUGAGCAUAUUGUUGAGGGAAACAACAUGGAGUUUGUGACAGAGGAUGGGGGUAAAACUUAUAACAUGUGCCAUUUCUGGUCCAAUUUUGAAAUUGGCGAUUUGAACUGGCUCCGUUCUAAGGCAUACUUGGAUUAUUUUGAAUCUCUUGACAGAGAUGGUGGUUUUUUCUACGAAAGAUGGGGCGAUGCGCCUGUGCAUUCCAUUGCUGCAUCGUUGUUGUUAAAGAAGGAGGAAGUCCAUUUCUUCGAUGAAAUUGGGUACUACCAUGUCCCUUUUACGCACUGCCCAACUGGCCUGGACAGAAAAAUGAAAUUAAAAUGCUCGUGCCAGUCGAAGGAUAAUUUUGAUUGGAAAGGUCAUUCAUGCACAACUCGAUUCCAUGACCUUCUUAAGCUGCAGAAGCCCAAAGGGUUUGAACAAGAAAUGUAA